UGUUCAAAAAAUAAAAUCAUUAGUUUAGUUACAAAAUUAUUGUAAAACUACAUUUAUAAAAUAGCCAAUGUUUAAAAUUAUCCAAAUAAUAUGGGAAUCUGGAAAAUUCAUUAUUAGACCUCACACAUCUGCAACAAAACCACAUAGAGGUAAACUUAUACAAUUUAGACAUGGAGCGAAUAAAAGUUCGGAAGUAGGAUCCACAGAUCAAGCGGAGGAGCGAGUAAAUUUGACCCGCCCCCUACAAAGGUUGACCCACAGAAGAAGAAACAAUAAAAAGAAGAAAGAACUGAUGUUAUAUAUUUAUAACCUUUGUCACCUAUUUAUUUUUGAAAACCAUAAAGGUAAAGACAUGCAAAUCACUCCUUUGUCCAGUCCAUUUUUUAUUGGCAAAAUUUCCAAAAUAAGUCCAAUUACGACUCAAUUGUGUCCAGUCAUAAAGUUAUUAAACCACCGAAAUAUCAAUAUACGAACUAUAUUAAAAGCUUUAAGUUAAUCACCGCAAAUAAAUGUACCUACUCCAGAUGCAAAUUGCACUUUCAUCUACCUGCCCUCCUGUAUAUAACGACAGAAUAAUGACCGAAGGUCACAAGAAUGCCAGUUUUUCAGAUUGCAACGACAAUCGAAGCCGUUGACAACUAAUGAACAUCAAACAUGCUCAUCCCGGUUGUUGUGCUCGUGGUUCUGAUGAUAAACGGUUACAAAUGUGAACAAAGGUGCGGUAAACUGACCGAAAGUGAUCUGUCAAAUAUCCUCGGUCCGGCCUACAACUAUCGGUACAUGAGUAUAGAAUCGCCGGUUACUUACGACGAUACUCCAUCAGUGGGUGGAAAACGCAGGGCCGAUUCCUAUUAUGAGUUCGAGCUAGACCGCAUAAUCACCCAGGAUGAGCAGCCUGCUUGGGAAAUCCACGAUCACGUGCAAUUCACCAACAGUCUCCAUCAAAGACAAAGGUUGAGGCGAGAAACGGACUACAUGCAGGAAUGGCACUGUAAAUCAACACUAAUAUGGACAGACUUAGGGCCUGAUUAUUUCCCGAGAUACUUGAGAUCAGUCGACUGCAUCGCCGAAUACUGCUGGUUUAAAAUUUACAAAUGCAGAGCCAGAUCGUUCGCCGUGAAAAUCCUGCGGAGGAAAAAGGACAGAUGUGUGCCCGUGAGGCCCGGCAGCAAGAUUAUCAAGGAGGGUGUGCCCACCGAAUUGAAGGAGCUCUGGGUGUGGGAGGAGAGGCCGGUGAAUUUCUGCUGCGAAUGUACUUUGCACGGAUAGAGUCAGAUUUAUUUGCCGGUUUGUACUUUCUUCCUCUCUCAUCCGUAAUAUCCAACGAUUUUUUAAUAAUUGAACGAUUUAUGAUUGUACAUAAUUAUGACUGUUGUUAUUAGGUAUGAUAAAUAUAGUGGUUUUACAAUAUAA